AUGGCGGGCAGGCUCCUUGCGCAGCCUGUGCCUGCGCUCGCAUGGACAGGGCACCAGAGGCCCAGAAGGCUAGAAGCUGAUGAAGGGCAUCUCCAGCCUCCGUGCCCGCCCACAAUCGACCUCAAUACUGGCGUCAAUAAUUUCAUGGACGAUGCCCUCGACGUGUUCGAUGAAAUGGGCAUAAGUGCAACCUGUGACCAAGAAAUGGGUUGGCAUGUGCUCAUGGUUGUCUUCCUCAUCCUUAGUGAGGCUCUCUUCUGUAACUCCCCAACAAUUAGACUGUUCAGUGAUCUGAACUUGGGAGAUCUCAUAGAGGUUCAGAAACCUGCAAAGGCCAUUGCAUACAUGAGAGAUUAG